AUUGCUUACCACACAAACGUCGUUUUUGAAUUACAAUCUCGUCAGUCAUCAAUCAACAUAAGGCUUUUAAAACAAAACGGAGUCAAGCGUAACCAUUCGUCUUUUGGCUGCCCCGUGGCUAAUGGCGGUCCAGUCGAGAACAGUGUGCCUGUCGAGAACUGGAUCACUAGCACUAAAGAGGAGAUGCAAGGACGUAUUCACCUCAAGGGACAAAUGAUGCAUAUUGAGGAAUGGAAAUCCAUGGCUUAUCUGGCCACGCCUGUGAUUCAGAAUCUGGAUGUGAUGUGUCGAAUCGGACUGUUCAUCAAUGAUCUCAGUAUGCAUGAUUCAAGUAGAGAUCUUGUCUUGGCAGGAACACAGCAGUCUGCUGAAUUGAAGCUUGCCCUUGAUCAGGAGGUGCAAAAGAGUGCUAAACUAGAAGAGAGCAUGCGCCAACUCGAUAUCGAGAAGUUACGAACAGACACGUUGCUGUAUCAGAUGAUCCCAAAGACUGUUGCAGAUCGCCUGCGUAAAGGAGAACCAGCACUCAACACUUGCGAGACGUUUUCCGAGGUGACGAUAUUGUUCAGUGAUGUCGUUGGGUUUACUACAAUCUGCUCACUCAUUUCUCCAAUGGAAGUGGUCACUAUGCUGAAUUGCAUGUACACAACGUUUGACAAGCUGAGCGAAAAGCAUAACGUCUACAAGGUCGAAACCAUUGGUGACGCAUACAUGGUGGUCAGCGGUGUUCCAGAGCGCACUAAAUACCACGCAGAGCAUAUUGCAGAUAUGGCUUUGAACGUACUCACUGCAAUGCCCAACAUCAAAGAUCCCGCACAGCUUACUGAACACCUUCAGGUCCGCAUAGGGGUCCACACGGGAACGGUUGUAGCGGGUGUGGUUGGAUUGAAGAUGCCGCGGUAUUGUCUGUUUGGAGAUACGGUGAAUACUGCUUCUAGGAUGGAGUCAACAGGACUGCAAAACGCGAUUCACGUUAGUGAGUCAACCGAAAAAAGGCUGUCGAAUGAGAACUACAUACUCAAGCAUCGAGGAAGCAUGGAUAUCAAGGGAAAAGGAGGAAUGAAAACCUAUUGGCUGAUUGGUAAAAACGAAGACCCUCCCCAGGAUCUCGACUCCAUUGGUGACGCCAUCAGCUUGAUAUCAGACAACGAUUUCAUUGGAGGAGCAGAAUCCACCAUGUCCGAUACUUCCGUUAACGUAUUCUUCGGAGAUCAUUCGUACGAUACUCGUAUGACGAUCAGUCAAGCCGACUUGCCGAUACACGAUCACAUCUGCGCACCGGACUCCGAAGGCGAGCCUGUGGCAUACUACGGACACUGCCCGCAUAAUGCUAAAAAAGAGGAGAAGUUACGCGACAAGUGGGAUGAAUUAGAGAACUCCACGAAGGAAGACAGUUUGAAAAACACCGACAAGAGUUCGAAGAAAUCAUCGAAGAAGAAAGCGAAAAGUUUGACAAAGGAAAAGAACGAGAAUGAUGAAAAAGCUAUUGAGGAUAUCAAGAAAGCUGAAAAUGGCGCUAAACAAGAAGGGAAAGGGUUGGUGUCGACUUCUCUUUGUGUUAUAUUGUAAAUUAAUUGUAAAUUAAUUGAUUAAUAUUGAUUAUUAUAAUAUUAGAUAUUAGUAUAAUAGAGCGGAGCUGAGCUGUGAUUAUGAGAUUUUCCAAAGUUUCUCGGAGCGAAAGUAAUACUAAGACGUUUUUUAACCUAAAUUUUGUCUUUUCUCUGAUAUUCAAUAUUAAUAUUGAUUCUUACGAUAUUAGAUAUUAGUAUAAUAGAGCGGAGCGGAGCUGUGAUUAUGAGGUUUUCCAAAGUUUUCCAGAGCGGAACUAAUACUAAAACGUUUUUUAUCCUGAAUUUCGACUUUUCUCUGAUAUUUAAGUCUAAUAUUAUACUAAA